UCUCCCUUUUCAUUAACUCCUGCCUCUUAAUCUGAUUCAUAUUUGUUUUUUUUUGAAACAUAAGAAACAAGGGUGUUGCUGUCCAUGGUAAUGAUAGUCUACGAUUUAUGAUUGGGAAAAAGAGUUACCUGAUAAGAACUCAUCUUUUUUUUUUUACCCAUUAUAGAUCUCCGAAACCUUAUAAUAAAGAUUUGAGUAAGGAUGUGGAUGAAGAUAUGGAUACAGGUUUACUGGAUUCAAUUCUUUGUAUGUCCGGUUCCAAAUUGGUUCCUACUGGAUUUUCAAAAUUCAACUUUAUGGAGGAUUUUGUGAUGUUUAUGAGUGCUGGUGGUGGGGUGUUAAAUGAAGAGGAGAAUGGUAUAUCAAUCAGCAAGGAGUGGAAACUUCAGUUACAACUUUGAAAAUCUUCCUCUUGGAGAUUACUUUGUUGAUCUUCAUUCUGGCGAGACACACAUGGGCCUAAGGGAAUGAGGGUGUUCAAUGUUUUGUUGCAGGGAGAGAAGGUUUUGUCUGAUCUGGAUAUUUACGCUACCGUUGGAGCCAAUAAGCCUUUGCAGCUGCUUGAUGCUAGAGUUUCUGCUGGAGAGGGUGGAGCAAUUAAGUUAAGCUUUGAAGGGGUUAGUGGAACCCCAAUAGUUAGUGGUAUCUACAUUAGAAAAGCACCCAAAUUAUCAGUUCCCUAUAUGAAUCCGGAGUACCUUACAUGCAACAAUUGUUCAACUGAGAUUGAAGUUCCUUACAUACAGCAUAAACUUAUUCAACAAAAAUCGACGGCUAAGUUUGAGAAAAAGAUAGAUGAUUUGAGGGGAGUGUCACACUCACCGUGCGACAUGGGAGCUCAUAUGACUUAGCAUAUUAAAGGAGUGGUGAUUAUGCGACAAUGAAUCGUCAACAAUAACGCCACGAGAGUUAAGUGCCACACUAGAUUGGUUUUCUUGGAUGCAAUCAUCAUUUAUUUAUUGAUAUCAUUAUCUAAUGUAAGAUAUUUGUUUUUUUUUUGGAUGCAACAUCUAUAUUAUUUGCAGUGCUCAAACCAUAUGAAAUCGUCAGGUGUAUAGGAUACAUUCGGAGUUCUCCACCCCUUGAUUAUGGUAUUGAUACUAUUAGGGGAAAUGACAAGGCACUUAAUAUAUCACAGCAAAGCUCCGCUAUAUUGCUUAUACUCGAAGAAGACGUCGUGUAUGAGAUAAUUUAGAAUGGAUUAGUAUCCAUUACAGGUACAGGCUUCCAGGCAAAGUGAUUCAGAUUGAUAUGGUUGUGUUUGAGUUAAACUCAUCAUCGCGACGGGGGCCGGGUUUGUAAGUGAAGGACAUCUCUCUCACACCCCCUUCCUUUCUCUCUUUUAAUAUUUUUUGGUUUUGAUGCGGUGACAGUUUUGGAUCUGAGAUGAAUUUAAGGUUCAGAUCAAGAAGUCAAGAACUGACUUGAGUUUGGAUGGAUUCUGGGUGAAACUAUGAGUUAAACCAAGAACAAGAAGGAGAUUUGCUGAUAUUGUGAACAAGAUGCUGUGCUUGAGCUGUUGAUGAUUAAAUGAGGGUUUCACAGUUAUACAUGAACUGGUGUUAUGGGUUAGUCUUAGACAGCGAGUCUGGCCUGAAAUCUAACAGAAGAAUUGUGUUGGAAUGAUUAUGUGCAGUUGCUAUCCAUGGCUAGAUGGCUUUGAAUGAAGCGUGUUUGGCAACAGUCAGCUAAUCAUGGUGCAAUGGAUGGCCAAGUUGAAGAAUAUCUUAGGGUUUGAAUGGGAUUUGAUAAUUUUUAUGCAUUAAAUUGAAAUGGUGGUUCCAGAUGAGAAGUAGAUGGUGGUGUUGUGCUGUGCUGUGAGCUAACGGGUACUGUAGUUGCAGUCAAGAGCAGAGAUGGGAUGUUGAGCCGGUUAUGAAGAAUGUUGCAUUCAUAGCAGAGAUUAUGAUGCUGGUGUUGGAGGUGGUCUGGUUGUAAGGCUAAUGGUGAUGUUGUUGAAGCUGUUUACUGCAGUGAGUUGGGUUUGUGUUGCAGACAAUGGAGUUGUUGGUUUUGUGUCUAAAUGUUAAUAGCAGGUGCUGCUGUUGCUAUAUAAGCAACUGAAGCUGGUGGUGAUUCUGAGCUCAACAUGAGCAAGGAUGUGAAAUUGAUGGUCUGUAUGAGUUUGGUGAGAUGGUUAUGAAGCAGAUGAAAUGGGCUCUGGUGGUGCUGUGAGAAGAAGGUACCGGUGCAGUCGAGAUGGAGCUGGUCAGAAGCAAGAAUUGAACUGCAGGUAGAGUUAGUAAUGCAGUUCUGGUGGGGUUGAUUGAGCAACAGUUUCCGGUGAUUCUCAUGGGCUUUGUUUGAAUGCUUAUGAGCAAGUUCAGGGGAACAAGUGGAUCAGUUUAAGUGUGCAACUAGAAUGGGUGAAGCUGCAGCUGGGAAGUUGUGCACUGCAGAAUUGCAAGAUGGAGCAGUACAGAAGCACCAGCAUGGCGCAACUUUGAGUUUGGCUAUGUAAAUGGCCUAGGCCAAAGCUACUCAGCUAUAUCAGCCAAGCCAGACAGACCCUGACUCAGACCACCUGAUUACACCCUAGACUGAGUCGACACAGUUGACCGACGUAUUAUCAAAAAUGACUUUCCCGGUCACCUGAAGUAUUUCCCAGUAACAAUUCCGGCCAACUUCCGACCAGUUUUUGGGACUUUGGAUAACUUUUGGGCAGAGUUUGUACAUGAGCCACGCCACACCUAAUAAUAAAAAGUACAUGCUUCGCCCUGUCACGCCUAAUAAAAGAUGCAUCACAACGGGCAUCUUUUUCUUUUCAUAAUCAAAAACAACUUGAUCACCACGAGUUGUCAAGCUGGAGUAAGUCAAAUAUAGAAAAAAAAAAAGUAAAAAAAAAAAAGCAGGCCAUGGUGAUCCAAGUGGUUCUUGGUAUGUGAAAAUAGAAAGUCCAAUUUAUUUCUAGACAUUCUUUAGUAUUCACUACAUAUGUAUAUGUACUACAAGACUACUUCAGUUGCGCUUGGAUUGCAAAAAAGA